AUGUCGGCGCAAGGUACAGACAAGCAAAUCCACGACAAUGUUGCCGAUAAUCCACAUGCAGGACGUGAAUCUAUACCUGGCAUAGAUCAUGAUGACCAUAUCUUAGAUGUCAUCUCUUCAGAACAGCAUUCUAAACACGCAACAACAGCGCCGAAUACGCUAGACCCCGAGAAAGGAGUUGCCAGCUCGGAUUCUUCAGAGCCACGGGGAAAAGAAGCAAAAAACCAAAAUUCGGAAGCUGUUUUCUCAACCUUUAAGGUUGCUGAAAAGAGGCUAAUCGUCUUGAUCGUCGCUCUAACAACCCUUUUACCCCCGCUGACAGGGAGCAUGUACUAUCCCGUGAUUCCAAUGCUGGCGGAGGAACUGCACGUGUCUAUCAGUGAUAUUAAUCUAACAAUUACGGCUUACUUGAUCGUCCAAGGCAUCGCCCCAUCGUUUACAGGGAACUUAUCUGACGAGACCGGCCGAAGACCCGCGCUCGUGGUCACCUUUAUCAUUUACAUCGCUGGUUGUGUUGGCGCAGCGGUGAAAGGGAAUUAUGCCCUUUUGUUUGUUAUGCGCUGUCUUCAGAGUGCUGGCAGCAGCGGCACAAUUGCGCUCUCUCUGGCAACCGUCUCCGACAUUGUCACUUCAGCUGAACGAGGAAGCUAUACAUCAUACGUGCAGAUGGGCUGGAUGGUUGGUCCAGCUUUAGGACCGGUCAUUGGAGGGCUACUGAGUCAUUACCUAGGCUGGAGGUCUAUCUUCUGGUUCCUCACUAUUUUUUCUUCGGUGGUAUUCGUUGUCCUGUUGGUAUUCUUGCCUGAAACCAGUCGUAAUAUCGUUGGCAAUGGCUCUAUUCCACCUCCAAAGUGGAAUAUGUCGUUGCUAGUUUAUCUUCGAAGCCGGAAACAGCAGCAAGUGUGUUCAACUACGAGAAGCGCAUCGGUGGAUAGACAGGCUCCCAUGGCGCUUAGAGCACAACUAAACCCUUUCAGCUCUCUGAAAAUAUUUCUAGAUAAAGAAGUCUGUAUCUUAUUACUAUACAGCGGUCUCAUCUACGCAAGCUCCUACAUGGUUUUAUCCACCAUGCCAGACCAACUACAAGAACACUACGGCUUUAACACCCUACAAAUCAGUCUUUGCUACCUCGCCACCGGCGUUGGCACAAUGACCUCAGUCCUCUUCACCGGACGUCUUCUCGACUGGAAUUUCCGUCGUCAUGCAAAGCAGCUCGGAAUGGAAAUCUCGAAAGACAAACAACAAGACCUGACAGACUUUCCCAUCGAAGUUGCCCGUCUUCAAGUUGGUAUUCAUGUUCUCGUUCUAGCUGGUAUUAGCCUAGUAGCAUAUGGCUGGACGAUGCAAACCGAGACGUCGCUCGCCGCGCCCAUGAUUUUCCUGUUCUUGCAAUCUUUUGGUAAUGCAAGCGCCUUCUCCGGCUUUAAUAAUCUGAUUAUGGACCUGAAUCGCACCAAACCAGGGGCCGCAUCGGCAGCGAUGAAUCUGGCUCGUUGUUGGAUGGGUGCCGGUGGCGUGGCGUUUGCAGGUCCCUUGAAUAAGGCUGGUGGAGUGGGAUGGAUGGCAGUUAUGAUCGCUGGAAUGUGGCUUGUUUUUAGCCCAUUUGUGUUCAUGGUGCUGCGAUAUGGCCCGAAAUGGAGAGGGGCGAAGCGAGAGGAGAUGGAUACCUCUGCUGCUUAA